UUAUUGUUUUAUGUCAUGAUUUAAUUGACAUAAUAGGUUACACUUGUUAUAUUAGAAAUAUUAAUAUUAUUUUAAUUUUUAAUAAUAAGCUAAUAAUAAAAAUACUUUUUAUUGUAUAUAUCAAGUUUUUAAUUUGAAAUUGACACUACUGAUUCAUUUUAAAUAAAAGUGUUAAUUUUUGACCAGGUUAGAUUUUUGAUUUAUCUCAUUUCAACCUGUAACUAAUUUUGUCGUCUUUAGUUUUAUCUUUUUGUCUUCAUUGAUUCCAAUAAGAGACUACAUAUAUUUGGACAAAAAUUUUAUAAAAUUAUUGGUAUUUUGGUAACAGAACUCCAUGGCCAAUUUAGAAUUGUUACAAACAUUACACGGCCAUAAAGGUAUUGUUUGGAAUGUGGCAUGGCAUCCAUUAGGAACAAUAUUUGCAUCUUGUGGAGAAGAUAAAACUAUAAAGUUAUGGAGCAAAGAAGGACAGGAAUGGACUAUAAAAACAGUUCUUGUAGAUGGGCAUCAACGCACUAUUAGGGAAGUUGCGUGGUCUCCCUGUGGAAAUUUUUUGGCAUCGGCAAGUUUUGAUGCCACUACUGCAAUUUGGGAUAAGAAAAGUGGUCAAUUUGAAUGUAAUGCUACAUUGGAAGGGCAUGAAAAUGAAGUAAAAAGUGUUGCUUGGUCACCAUCAGGACAACUUUUAGCUACAUGUGGCCGAGAUAAAUCAGUCUGGGUAUGGGAAGUUGCAGGAGAAGAUGAAUAUGAAUGUGAAUCAGUUCUGAAUGCUCAUAAUCAAGAUGUUAAAAAAGUUGCUUGGCAUCCUUCAUUAGAUAUAUUGGCUUCUGCAUCUUAUGACAACACUGUUAAAAUGUAUAAAGAAGACCCUGUAGAUAAUGAUUGGACCUGUAUUGCUACACUAUGCUCCCAUGAGUCCACUGUAUGGAGUUUAGCUUUUGAUAAGACUGGAGAACGCCUUGUUACUUGCAGUGAUGAUAGAACUGUCAAAAUUUGGAAGGAAUAUAAACCUGAUAACCAGGAAGGUGUAAUAAUCACAGAUAAAGAAUCAGUAUGGAAAUGUGUGUGUACAUUAUCAGGAUAUCACACACGUUGUGUGUAUGAUGUGGCAUGGUGCCACCAAACAGGCUUAAUAGCCACUGCAUGUGGAGAUGAUAUAAUAAGGAUUUUCAAGGAAUCUGAAGACUCUGAUCCUAAUGCACCCACUUUUGAAUUGAUAUGUACCAAACUGAAUUCACAUUCACAAGAUGUCAAUUGUGUUGCUUGGAAUCCUAUAGGAAAUCAAGAACUGCUAUCAUCCAGUGAUGAUGGUGAAAUAAGGAUAUGGAAGUUUUCUGAUUAGUAGAGCCAAAUUACAAUGUAAUCAAUAUAAUUAAGAAUCAAGUGAUCAAUACUUGUGUAAAAAAUAUGUUUCAAAUCUUAUAUUGUUUUUGUUGUUUAUAAACAGCUUUUCAACUUAUAUUGAAUAUUCUAUUAGAGAUUAGAUACAUAUUAGAAAUAAACAAAUUGUUAAGCAUAA